AUGUCAAAUCAAACCCCCGCUGACCAAAUUUGGAAAAAGAUUAAAAGAAUAAACGGAAACAAAACCUCAUCUAUCUCGACAACACUUAUUAACCCAAAAAACAACUCUUACUGUACUACACUGGAAUCAAAAGCUGAACUACUAGCAGACACUUUUGCCCACAACUCUAGCGAUGAGAACUUCACAGAAAAAUUCCGCGAACUCAAAGACAUCGUUAUCAGAAAACCCUUCAUAAAUCCUAAACCCCCCUGGAUACCAAUACAUAAAAAAUUCGAUCUUUCGAUCUACGAUAACUCAAACAACAAAGCUAAUACCCCCGAACCGAUAUACUGA